CGCAGCCAUUUCUCUGUUUUCUCUCUCCAGCGCUCCAGUCUCUCCGCGCGCAGCUCUCCCGCGGGAAUCAUGGCAGUGUAGCGGCUAGCACCGGCAACCAUCGCGGCGGCGAAUCCGGCAGUGCAGCGGUCAAGUGCACUGGCUCUAUUUGGCAAAAUGGCGUCCCUUGUGGCAUCCACCCACAGCUCUGCUGCUGUAGACAGCACAUCCACAGCGUUCACCAGCGCUCCAGAACCCCUGUCCCGCUCCGCUCCGCCUCUGACCCGCGUGCCAUGUCUGUGGGUGUCUCAGAUGAGUCUGGAGGUCUCAGUGGGGGCCCCUGUUCCUGGGGCCCCUCAUCUCUGAUGGCUGACCCCUUUGGGCCCCUUCUGGACGAAGAUGAGGAGAGCGCUCUGUCGGAGGGGUGGUCUUCGCCCCUCUCCUCUUCCUCCUCUCUCUCGCCCCUCUCUCCCUCUCGUCCCGCUUCUGUAGGGUGUAAGUCUCUCUCCUGGCCGCCUGCGCAGACGGAGCCCGAGCAGAGCACAGCAGGCGAUGCGUUUUCUGGCAUGGAUUGGAUGACGGAGAAGUUAGACCUGAAUGACUUUGAUCUGGAUUCUCUGAUCGGAUCUUGUGAUUCAGACGAGCCUCCCAGUUCUCCAGAAGAGCUGCUGGCCUGCCUGGACACCGACAUGGAUCUGGACCUGGAUCCGCUCGCGUUCGGCUCGACAGAGCUGGGCCUGGCUCUGCCUCCGCUGACCCUCGACCUUCAGGAGCCCGUAGAGGUCAAGCCUGAGCCUCUGUCUCCGGAUCCCAGCUGCACACUGGAGCUGGGCAGCGAGGUGUCUGUGCUCCAGUCCGCCGAAAUCAUGCUGACUCCAUCCCACAUCGUGCUGCUGCUGACUCCCAAAGAGGAGGCGAGGGCCGCCGAUCUGUCCGACAGCGACAGCGGGAUCUCCGGAUCCGAUCCCGAACCCUCGCCGAAGCCCGCCGGCUCCUCCAGAACCAAACCCUACUCCAGACCCGACCCGGCUGUGAAGGCCGCGCCCGGCGCUCCUAAAGUGGAGAAGAAACUGAAGAAGAUGGAGCAGAACAAAACGGCCGCGACGCGCUACCGGCAGAAGAAACGCGCCGAGCAGGAGACGCUGAGCUCCGAGUGCGCCGAGCUGGAGAAGAGAAACCACCAGCUCCAGGAGAAAGCAGAGUCCAUCAGCCGAGAGAUCCGCUACCUGAAGGACCUCAUGGAGGAGAUCCGGUCUGCCAAGAACCGCAGGAGCAAAGCUAAACCGCAGGAUGCGGUCAGCUCUGGUCAGGGUUAACGCUUCCCCCGGUGUUUCUGCUCUAAACUCUUUCGUUCUCACUCACUCGAGUCGUUUAUCGUCCAGUAAGGGGCUCAUCAGUCAGAGUUGUUACACUGAAUCUGUUGCUGUAGUGCUUGUAAAUACGCUUCACGUGUGCUGUGUAAACACGCUAAACACGCUAGAUCUGUCACGGUGUAGUGUGUUGGCUGUAAAAUCGCUUUGCUGUUUUCCAUUAAAGACAUUAAAAAAUCA